ACUGUUUUUCACUCUCUCUCUCCUUCUAUAUUACUGUUUCUGCAAAGCCCCAUAAAUUACUUGUUAGCCGAUCUUUGUCAUGUUGUAGAGAGAGAAAAAUCGUGGCCAUAGAUUUGUAAUCCGCUUGACUCUCUUUAGGCGAUUGCUCUGUUUUGCUGCUAUAUCUAGCAGUAUCUUACGAGCUUUUUUGCCUUUUGUUCUCUCUUGAAGGAGGUAAGAGCUCUUUUGCUGCUUAUCUAGCGGUAUUGAGGAGGAACGAGAGUGAGAGAGAAGGCCAGGCUGAGGAGUAGAUUUAUGUCGGCUUGUUUUGAUUUGGUUGUGAUUGGGGCUCUGUUGCAGCUCUGGAUUUUUUCUUUCUCUUCAAUCUCUGUUUUGCUUGCUAUCUCUUGCCUUCUUCUCUGCUGCGUCCGGCAGAGGUUGAAUCCGGUGUUCCCGUCCGUUUCGAUGCCUUUGAGACCAAAGAGGACUUCUUCUCGAGUGGUGUGUUUCGGGGAUUUUGUUAUAAAACAACGAUUUUUCUAUCUUUUUCUCUUUUUGAGAGGGGCUCUUACUUGAUACUGUCCUAAUUUUUCGUCAUUUUCUUUCCCUGAUUUCCCUUAUUUUGAGCUUUUAUCUCGGUAUUUUUUGAAGGGGUUUUGGUGAGUUUUUAUCCUUUUGCAAAAAUGCCAGAGCCUCGAAAACAGUCCUUGAAUCAAACAAAUAAAACCUGCAAAAAAGCUACUAAGAAAACAAACCAAACAAGCGACGUUCCUGUUUCCUCAGAGAAGUCCAAAAUGAUGAGGAAAAUCCGUGUUAUCGUUGAUGAUCCUUAUGCCACUGAUUCAUCUUCAAGCGACGAUGAACCAGAUUACGGCAAAGUCCGGAAAAGAAAGCGUAUUGUUCGCGAGAUCAAACUUCCUAUCCCUAUUGUUGCAUCCGCUCAAUCAAAUCAUAGUGAACCAGAGAGCUCCUGUCAAGACAGUAACUAUGGAAGCAAAACCCUUGUCCCCAAAACCCCUAUCUCGAAGAAAAGGGUUUUGACUAAGACCAUGAGUAAUAGAAGACCAGCUGGUUCGAAACCAGUAGGUGUCAGGCAAAGGAAAUGGGGGAAGUGGGCUGCUGAGAUUAGGCAUCCUGUUACUAAAACAAGGAUGUGGUUGGGUACUUAUGACACUCUUGAACAAGCAGCCAAUGCUUACAAUGCUAAGAAGAUCGAGUUCGACGCUAUUGCCAUGGCUGCGGCUGGUACUGAGAAGAGCAAUAACUUGUCUUGUUCGGUUGCAGCUUCACACUCUCACAACACCGACCCUGCUGCUUCCUCUGAUGGAUCUGAGAGUGUUUUAUCGCACACGUCACCCUCUUCAGUCCUCGAAUUGGAUACUUCUGCUUCGGCCUCAGCCUCAGCCUCUGCUUCUGCCUCGAACAUUGACGUUGAUUGUGGGGAACCCGUAAAGGAGGGGUUCACUUUAGAUGUGGAUGAUGAUUGUGAUGAUUUGAUCAAGGAAGAGUUCGGUUUUAACUUUGCAGAUCUGCAGAUACCCGAUUUGGGUGGCUUCAUUGAUGAGCCACUGAUGUCUGGUACGGUUGAGCAGGAGCUCAACUUUGGAGGGGGAAUGGAUUAUCUUUUUGUGGAUGAGUUUGGAAAGCUUAUGGAUGAUUAUUGCACAAUUGAUGACUUGAGUAUCCAUGGAAUUCAAGGAGAUGAUCCGAGUGACCUUCCUGAUUGUGAUUUUGGUGAUUGUGAUCUGGAGCUGGUUGUGGAUGAUGAUAAAUUUGGUUUCGUUGAUAAAGUUGCAGCACCCCUCAAUAUUGCAUGCCCUUAAGUUUUGCAGCUAGGAUUUAGUAGUACUUCUCGUCUCUACUACUAUUAAAUUAUUAUUAAUAUCAUUGUUAGUUGUUAUUUGAAGUUGGUUUUACGAUAUACCCAGAAAGAGAUGUUAAGAACCGGAAAAGGGUUCUUGAGAUAGUGGCUUUUUGAGUGAGUUUGGGUUUUUUGUUUAUUUACAAGUUGAGAGGGAGGGAUGCGGAGAGAUGAGCCCCAUUUUGUGUGAUGAAAAGGGUAUCUCCUUUGGGUUUUCCCGUGCUACUAGAGCCGUCCAAAGGGGUGGUUUUGUUGAUUUUGGGAGGGAAGGGAGGAGGGGUUGGGUAUUGAUAUCAUUUCAUUGCA